AUGUAUAUCCAUCCCAAUAAGAAACGGCAUGUUGUUGAAGAUUUUGAAUAUUGUAGAAAAACGAACGUCUUGGGGUUAUACUUACUUUGCCAAACUGUGCCAGAGUAUUUUCAGCAGGAAUUUGUUGUUCUUCAUCGAACGAGUGGUAAAGUGAUUGAAUUUAUGCAAAAUACAGUUGUGAAACAUUAUCCUUCAGUGGAUUCUGUCAUGAACCUUAAGACCCUUUAUGAUGAAAUGGCCAAGCAUCAAGAAGCAUUGUGUUGUGUUUUGACUGCCCUUAAGUCCAUAGAUCGAGACAGUUGGUUCAUUAUUGAUUUUGAUGAUGCAUGCCAUGCUCCUUCAAAUAUUCCUAACACACAAUUAGCUAAAGAAAGUCAUGCACCUGAGAUUUUUGAAUUCCAUCACAAUGAGAAUGUUGAUAUUUGGUCUGUUGGGUAUUUGAUUCAGACAGCCUCUGUUGAGCUUCAAGGAUUGGAUGAAUUGAAGUUUAUGCAAGAAUGA